AUGCUCUCACGUGUUGCUGCAGUGAAGGCACCCCGCACACACAACCGUCGCCGCGUGACCGGCUCCAGCGGAAGGAGGAGGGAAGGAAGAGAGAGUGAGCCGCCGAGGCCCAGCAUGUCCCGGCAUGUGUUUGCUUCUGCUGCGCUGCUCCUCGUCGUGAUGGUGUGCUGCGGUACCUGUGGAGCUGCGGCUGCUGGAGGGAAUAAUGGGAAGGGUGAUUUAAGGAAUUUUCUGAAGCUGCAGAGGGUUGAUUUAUUUUUGCCGAAUAAGACGCAGGUGCUGCCGAAAGGUGGAGGUACUCCAGGGACGAAGCGGGACUCAUUUGUUUCACCAUCUCUUGUCAGUGCUGGUGGAGUAAUUGCUGCUUUUGCCGAAGGCCACACAAACGCCAAAGUUCGCACGAACGCCCAAAAAGACGGUGCCAAAUUAAUUACGCCCUCUUACUCUGAUGUUGUUGCGGGGUACAUUGACUCUGCGUGGAACUGGACCACUCUUGUUGGCAAGGUCAAUCAAAGCUCAUGGAGGGCACACACCGUGCCUACUGGAGCGGAUGGACAGAAACUUUUGGGUGGUGUGCACCACCCCACAACAACCACGAAGGGCAACAAGGUGUUUCUU